AUGACUUCUCAGGAUGACCGCCGCCCGAGCCUCAAGCGCCGCGCCGACGACGACCUGCCGGGGCCGUCGAUCAAGCGCCCGCGCUCGCAGUCGCCGCCGACGCGCGCGCCUCCACCGUCUGGUCACGGUCGGGGGUGCCGUGGCAAGGCGCCUGCGAGCGUGCUCAGGCGCAGCCCAGAGAGCCCGCCCCUACCCGGCCCGUCCCAUGGUACGUUGUGGCAUUCGACCAUGGUCAGAGUGCCGACUGGCAAUGCAGAACCCCACGGCUCUCGGGGCGCCAACGCACACUACAUCGACCCCCACGUCAUGCCCAUGGACUACCAUAAACCACUAUACCCUAGCACUGGACACGCGUACGCUUCCGCUGAUUAUGGGGCACUGGCGUCCUUCUAUCCUCCACCGCCCUUCGCCGGGCCUGGUAGUGGGACCCUCGACGCGGUGGUUGCAUCUUUUGAAGCGGCCCUGAUGGGCGGCUGCUAUCCUCCUGUUCCAGGGGGAUACCCUGCUGCUCCAACGGGAUGCUCUGCUGCUCCGGGGGGAUACCCUGCUGCCAUAGGGGGAUAUCCUGCCGCGCCUCCAGCUCCUGGCCUUCUUCCGCCAGCUCCUUUCGCCUACCCAGCUCUCGCUCCCGGGUACUCGAUUGCUGCUGGCUAUGCGCCCCCUCCUCCCAGCGCCCCUGCUCCUUUUCCAGUCUUCUAUCCUCCUUACCCUAUUUACGCUUAUCCUCCUCCUCCUGCCGCCCGCCAGCCACACGCGCCCGCCUUUCAACCUCCCCAGCCCGCGCCAGCGCAGGACCACACACCCCAGUACUACGACGCCUUCGCCGCGACGCCCACGCCCACGGAGCGGCUCGACGCCGAGGCGUGGAGGGACGCGUACCCCGGGGAGUACCCCGCGAUCCCGCCUGUGUACCCGAUCCGCGUCUCGUCGCCGCCCGCGCGGCUGCCGGAGCUGAUGCCGGAUGCGGUGCGGGUGGUGGGGGAAGAUGGGGUGUCGAGAGACGAGUCUUGCGCGGGGCGAGGGGAGUCCUGCGCGCUUCGAGGGGAGUCCUGCGCGCCACGAGACGAACCCUGCGCGCGCUCCAGAACGUCUUCCCCGGACCCCUUCGCCCCGCUCACGCCCGCGGAGGUCGUUCAGCACACGCUGCGUGCGAGGGAGGAGGCCGCGCCGUGGUACGAGUGCAUCUCCCGCUGGCGGGAGACGGUGCGGGGGGGCGAGGGGGAGGAUCCGAGGGCGAGGUAUCUGCCCAGGACGUGCGUGGAUUAUGCUCGCAAGUCGCCUGCGAGGUGUCUAUCCAGGACGCCUGCGAGGUAUGCGAAGGAUCCUCGCGCCGGGUAUCCGAAGGACCAACACGCCAAAGAUUUCAGGAUGACACGCCUCCCGACGCCGCAGCCGCCCUACAUGGGCCCCUUCAACCCGCCGUACGAUGUCGAUGAGGGCGCGUGUCGGUUACCGGCGGCGCGGGUGCCGUUCUCGAAGGAUCCGAAGAUGAGGGAUUGGAGGAGGCCGGUGGGGGCGGGAGAGGGGAUGGGGGUGGGAGAGGGAGUGGGAGAGGGGGCGGGAGAGGGAAUGGGGGUGGGAGUGGGAGUGGGAGAUGGGAUGGGGGCGAGCGAGCCUAUCAGCGUGGACCCGCCUGUUAGUGUGGACCCGCCGGAGGGGGAGCUUGGGGAGGAGAGGUUCGGCGAGGGGGGGCUCGGGGAGAGGUCUGGCGAGGGGCAGCUCGGGGAGAGGUCUGGCGAGGGGGAGCUCGGGGAGAGGUUCGGCGAGCGAGAGCUCAGGGAGAGGUCUGGCGAGAGGGAGCCUCACGAGGAAGCGGGCGUGACUCGACUUAUUGACGGGAUGGCGGGCGCCUUCGCGGCCCAGCUGGACCGAGUCGCAGACGAGCUGAUCGGGGGGCACGCAGCCCAUGGCCAGUUUGUCGAAGGUCGUAAAGAGGAACCGCUCGUGCCCCGAUCCUACGCGCAGCAGUUGGAGAGGGAAGUAGCGCAGCUAGAGAAGAACGUGGCCGAACUGGAAACGGACGCGGCCCAAUUCAGGACCGUCCUCGCCGCCGCAGAACACGAUGUCGCGGACCUGGGCGAGGAGCUGCUCUUCGCGCGGCGGCUGGCGGCGGGGGCGAGGGCCGCGCUGGCGGGGUGUCGGUAUCAGCUUAAGCGGAUGAGGAUGCAGUUUGAGGACGCGGAGGGGGAGAGGGGUGCUGCAGUUUGA